CAAUGGAUGUACAAAUUGGAAGAGAUGUUCCCAUAAAUGAAUUAAUGUCGCAAGACUCUCCAGAGGACAUCAAGGAUGUAGUUUGUCAGUUAAUUAGUCAGGGGGCAAUUAACUCCAGAGACCACAUGGGAUCAACUCCCCUCCACAUAGCAACCAAGUGUGGAAAUGUGGAAAUGGUGGAAAAACUGCUUGAGAGUGGAGCAUCAGUCUUUGAAGAGGAUCUCCGCGGAUUCCUUCCACUCCAUGUGGCAUCAACUCAAGGACAUACUAAGAUUGUACAGUUACUUUUGAACAAGGGCUGUAAUAUAGACAAAUCUUCAGCUGCCAAAUUUUCACCUCUUCAUUGUGCCUCACAGAAUGGAAAGUCUGACGUAGUGAGCCUCUUAUUACAGAGGGGGGCAUCUUUGGAUCCUCAAAAUAGCUACGGACAGACUCCUCUCAUGUUGGCUGUGAGUGAAGGUCAUGAAGAAGUGGUAAGUCUGUUGGUGGAUGCAGGUUCAGACCUUAACAUGAGGGAUAAGUCCACCUUAAGCGUUUUCCACCAUGCAGUAAACAAGAGUUCUCCAAAGUGUCUGCAAAUUCUACUAACAAAAGUAGAAAAAGGUAAAAUGCUUGACCACACCAACAUUCAUGGACUGUCCCCUUUUCAGUUGGCUUUAACAAAGUUUAUUAAUCAGCCAGAAAGUCAUAGUGAGAUGCUGGAAAAACUGAAAAUGUUUAUAAAGGCAGGUGCUUCACCUAGACUUCUAGACAGACCCAGAACAUUCCACAUGAUGAAAUCGCCCUCUGUCUUUGAAAAACUUGUGGUUAGUGGAAAUGUGGAUGUUGUGUCUUUGAUUUUGCAAACAAACAUAAGGCAAAAUAUACACAAAGAAGUAGACAGAGUUUUUUCCAGUCUGAAGGAUGGGAAUAUUCAGAGUGCCUCCAAAGAUAUGGCUGGACUUCUCCUGAAUUACCUCAGCAACGUGGCCAGUCUACAACAUUUAUGUAGAAUGGCCAUCAUAGGCAAUAUUGAACCUGGGUAUCAAAGCAUUUGUCAACUGCCUCUACCUCAGAACUUAAAGAAUUAUUUGCAAUUUUCUGAUCUUGAUUGAAAGUUAACCAGGAGAGGAAAAUAUUCCAGUGACAUAAGUUACCUGUCAAGCUUUUUGUCCAUAGGGAAAUUCAUCCGAGCAGAUCAUCAUUUUUGCCUAUAUGGUAGUACCUGUUAAGUUUAAGACAGUAUUUUUGCUGUUUUUUAAUGUUUUUUUUUAAUCCAGUGGAUUUCCAUAAUUUCAUAUUUUACAUUCAUGGACGUAGUUGAAUAUUACGAAUAUGGUAAUUGUUUUCAAUGGGUUGAUACUACAUAUAACAAUGAUGUACAGUUGAACUUCUUUAUCACAAACACUGAUAUCUCGAAUACCAUGGAUAUGUCGAAAUAAAUUGGAAGUCUCAACCACAUAUUUUUCAACUAAUGAAUUAAUGGUACCAUAGAAAUUAAAGCAUAUAAUUAAAUGUUUAACACAUACAAACGUGAUAUACUAUCUCAAAACAGAUGUUUUCACUGGGAAUACCAUUAAGUUUGCACGUUCCGAUACAUAGUAUCAUGUACAAAAAAUUGUAGAAAAUUGGUAAGUAUGGCUUCGCCCAAUCUUCCAAAUUUGCCCUAUCUAUGGAAUUUUUAAAAAUUAAGGCUAAAAAUGAGCCUUUUGAACUAUUUAAAACAUCUACAUAUACCCCCGAAAAUUACGGUAUUUAAACAUUGAUAUCUCGUAUACUCAGUUAUCUAGAAAUUUUUUCUCGGUUUGACUUUUUUUUUUAAUCACGAGUCAAAAAAGAACAAACUAAAAAUCUGAUGAAUGAUGUAUACCUGGUAGAGGUGUAUUAUAAAAAAGGCUUUUUAACAAUCAAAAAUUAUUAUUUUAAUAUUGCACAUAUAUUUAUAUAUCAUUAACUAGGGAAACUGUUGCGUUAUUAAAACUAAAUACAAUUCACAAGUCAUAUUGCAAGUUAUCACUCUUGACACUGUAAAUUCACUUGAUAUAUUUUUGUCCAAGUAUAAAAGAAAAAUGAUGAAGUGAAUAAAAUGUGAAAGAGAAAGAUAUGGCGAAAUUUUAAAUUUAUAAAUUCUAGAUGUAAAAAACUAUAGAGGUCAAAUUAUUAUUUAGCAGGUUAAUAUUUAUAUCAUGUACAUUGUAUAUUGCAUCCAAUAUGAUAGUAAGAAUCUACAGAAAAAUGAUAUAUGUAUAUUAUUCAAGUACCUCAGACCAGUAAAGUAGAUUUACUGAAAUCUGAAAUACAUUCCACACUAUGAUUAAAGAUUGACCCUUUGCUUGUUAAAAAGAAAUAAUUCAUUGUUGUGUAUGUGUGUUCAGUCAGGUACCUAAAAUACCCUAGAAAAUAUUCCCUGGCUGUUU